UGAACCUGGUGAUCGGGCGGGCCUCCCCGCCGCUCUUGCACGCCCGGCCUGAGGCCUGGGCCCAGCUGGGCCGAGCCGCCAGGUUACGAGUUGGCGCUCAGGUUUCUGGAGUCUCAGCUUUUACCACCGCAGCCCUCUCUGAGCCUGUUGCUUCGUCUUUCAAUUGGGACUAGGAUUGAAAGAGACGAUGCGUAGAAAGCGCUUGGCACAAUGGAGGCCGUCAACAAAUGGGAGUUGUUGCUUUGACUAUUGUAAUCUGUUCAUUCCACAAACUUUCCUGGAUCUGGUGACUAAGCGGAGCGGGGGCCCUCACCCAGAAGUCUGAUUCCCUGGUGGUGUGCGAGGUGGACCCAGAGCUAAAGGAAAAGCUGAGGCAAUUUCGCUUCCGAAAAGAGACGGACAACGCAGCCAUAAUAAUGAAGGUGGACAAAGACCGACAGAUGGUGGUGCUGGAGGAAGAAUUUCAGAACAUUUCUCCAGAGGAACUAAAAACAGAGCUGCCAGAGAGACAGCCGAGGUUCGUGGUUUACAGCUACAAGUAUGUGCACGAGGACGGCCGAGUGUCCUACCCCUUGUGUUUCAUCUUCUCCAGCCCCGUGGGCUGCAAGCCUGAACAACAAAUGAUGUAUGCGGGGAGUAAAAACAGAUUGGUGCAGACGGCGGAGCUCACGAAGGUGUUCGAAAUCCGCACCACCGAAGACCUCACCGAGGCCUGGCUCCAAGAGAAGUUGUCUUUCUUUCGUUGACCUCUGGGUUGGGGAACUGAAAUCCUCAUGUCUGAAUUCCUGAAGCGACUGGGAACUCGGCCCCCUAAGGACCUGAACAUCCGAAACCCUAAAGAAAUUAAAAUGCAAGAACUCCUCAGCAGGAGGAGUUUAAAGAAAUUAAAAUGCAAGAGAUCCUCA